CCAAGUUUGGCCAAUAUGUCAAAUGAUGACAAUUGAGACUAAAAUCUUCUCUGUUCAUUAUUCUUCCAAAAAACCCUAAAAAAAAAAACUGUCUUCCUCUCAUUUCCUUUACAACACCUUUUCUUCUGCUCCUCCAUCGUCUCCGGUGGUGGCAGAACGAUUGUAUUCUGCAAAAAGAAAGAAAGAAAGAAAAAUCGACCAUGUCGAUGCCCAAUUCGACAGAGACUGAAUUACCGUUCAUUUUGAAUCAUUGGGGUAUUCCUCAUAGCUGCCAAUAUUUAUCUGCGGCAUCGACUUCGAAGGGUUUGUUUAGGAAGAAUGAGCUAAUAUUGACCUAUCCUAUUCCAUUUCUUCUUUUACAGAUAGGGCUUACAAUCAUCCUAUCUUCAGUGAUGAGAUACUUUUUGAAGCCUCUCAAACAACCUAGAUUUGUUGCAGAGAUGUUGACAGGGAUACUGUUAGGACCAUCAAUGUUCAAAUGGGUUGGCUUGGGAGAGUUCUAUGAAAGCUUGCACACCAUCAACAAAACAAACCUAAUGAGCUUCAUGGAGCUCUUUGGCUUCGCCAGCUUCUCUUUCAUCGUUGGCAUUCGCACCGACGUCAGCGUAAUAAAAUCCUCUGGAAAAUUAUCUUGGAUUAUCGGUGCCCUUACCUUCUUAACUCCAUUGACAUUCAGUUUUGCCGCUAUCAGCAUCAUGAACAAUGAUCCCGACAAGAACCAACAAUGGAUAGCCGGCCUCACCUCAUCCACCUCCUUCCAAGUCACUUCUCUCCUCCUCGAAGACGUCAAGCUCCUCAACUCCGAGAUAGGCCGCCUCGCCAUGUCGUCUUCCUUAAUAAGCUCAUGCAGCUGUUGGACUUUUCGAAACACCAGAACUUUCCUCUACCAAGCCUCCGCGUUUCACUUCACCACCGGGGCAUACUUCCAAUCGCAGCUUCCUAGACUACUCUUGAUAAUGACCAUAAUUUUCGUGCUUCGACCGUUCAUGUUUAGGAUGAUGAAGAAGAUCCCAGAAGGUGGGAGCAUAAAAGAAUCUCAAUUCGCAAGCAUUUUUGUGAUAUAUUUGAUGAUUUGUUUCACAUUCGAGUAUUUAGGAUACCAAGCAUACUUCGGGGCGAUGAUCCUGGGGCUGGUGAUGCCACCAGGACCACCACUGGGAGCAGGGGUAUUGGAGAAAUUGGAGAUAUUCAUAUCAGCCGUGUUGUUGCCUGCGUAUAUAGUGGAUGCAGGUCGGUAUGUGGAUGUGUAUACUAUCAAUAUGGCGACAUUUGGUCGGACAGGGGUACUGAUAAUGGUGAGUUUCUUGGGGAAACUUGUUGCCUCUGUGGUGCCAUUGGUGAUUUACAAGUUGCCUUACAAAGAUUCUUUCACUCUUGGCCUUAUCUUGAGCUCCCAAGGCUUAUUUGAUAUUUUCUUUUACAAAGUCUACAUGCGCUAUGAGUUAAUCGAAAUAGACAUUUACUCAAUCAUAACGAUCAUGACAGUACUGAAUGCAGCCAUUGCUACUCCUGUGAUUUGCCAUCUCUACAAUCCUUCGAAGCGAUACAUGAAUUACAAGAGAAGAACAAUCCAACAAUCCAUCCAUGAUAGCGAGUUUCGAAUCGUCCUCUGUAUCCACGAAGAAGAUCAAGUUUUCAGCCUAUUGAACCUCCUCAAUGUCUCCCACCCGACCCACGAACGACCCAUCAGAGCAUUUGUCCUUGACCUCAUGGAACUAGUAGGUCGCGACCACCCUGUGCUCAUUAACCACCAGUUCCACAAGCCUCGAUCGCCGUCAUCCCACACCAGAACGGACCGAAUCAUCAAUGCCUUGCACCACCACGAGCUAAACUGUGAAGGGACGAUAAAACAUUAUCACUUCACCUCGAUAACGCCUUACUCUACAAUGUACGACGACAUCUGUACGCUUGCCCUGGAGAAGAGCGCGUCCCUAUUGAUCAUUCCAUUUCACAAGUCAGAGAGCACUGCAGUAAGGGGAGUGACCAAAAAUGUUCUCGAAAAGGCCCCUUGCUCAGUUGGGCUCCUCAUCGACAAAAGGAUCGUUAUGAACUGGAAGUUAGACUCACAUAGCCGGACCAAGUUCCACGUUUGUGUAAUAUUCGUGGGAGGGCCAGACUCCCGGGAAGCACUUGCCUAUGGCAUAAGAAUGGUAGAAAACCAGGCAACCAGGCUUACUGUCAUUCGAUUAAUUGCAGAAGACGAGUUUAUUAGCGAUUUGAUGGAAGCUAAGCUUGAUUUGAAGAUGAUAAACGCGUUGAGGAACAUGUAUGGAGAGAACCAGGAUGUCGAAUAUAGUGAAGUGAUUGUGAAAGAUGGAGUUGAGACUUCUCGGGUGCUUUUGGCAAUCGAGGACCAUUAUGAUUUCAUGUUGGUGGGGAGAAGGCUUGACAGUGAUUCCCCGCUGGUAACCGGACUCACUGAUUGGAGCUAUAUGGACGAAUUAGGGAUCAUCGGAGACAUACUUGCAUCUUCUGAUAUGAAGGUCAAUGCAUCAGUACUGGUAUUACAGCGACAGUCUACUGUGGAAGAUUUCAUGCAGAAAUCAUAACAAAACACAUAAAGGUGUUUGGGAUGUAGGAAAACAAUAUCAUCACAUCAACCCUAUCAUCACAUCUGUACGCUUGCCCUGGAGAAGAGCGCGUCCCUAUUGAUGUGAUGAUGAGAUUCUAAACAAUAUCAUCACAAUACAAUGAUGAGGCUCUAUAUAAACAAGUAGAAUUCCUCCUAUUUAGAAUCUCAUCAUCACUGUCUUUCAUAAUUGCAAAAAACGCGUUCAUUGUAUUGUUUUUGUGCGAGCUUUCUCAAAAAUUUCCCUUUUAACCAA